UGUGACGCCCGGGCCCAGGGUCCUCAGCGCCCGCGCACGCGCCUAUAAAGGCCACCACCGCGCGCCGCCGCUCGAGCGGUCUUGUCCUCCGCCUUCCUUUCCGUGUGGUGCCGCCGCCUGUCCCUCAGGCCGCCGUGUCCACAAGCUCGAAACACCAUGCCUUCAAUUAAGUUGCAGAGUUCUGAUGGAGAGAUUUUUGAAGUUGAUGUGGAAAUUGCCAAGCAGUCUGUAACUAUCAAGACCAUGUUGGAAGAUUUGGGAAUGGAUGAUGAAGGAGAUGAUGACCCAGUUCCUCUACCAAAUGUUAAUGCAGCAAUAUUAAAAAAGGUCAUUCAGUGGUGCACCCACCACAAGGAUGACCCCCCUCCUCCUGAAGAUGAUGAGAACAAAGAAAAACGAACAGAUGAUAUCCCUGUUUGGGACCAAGAAUUUCUGAAAGUUGACCAAGGAACACUUUUUGAGCUUAUUCUGGCUGCAAACUACUUAGACAUCAAAGGUUUGCUUGAUGUUACAUGCAAGACUGUUGCCAACAUGAUCAAGGGAAAGACCCCUGAGGAGAUCCGCAAGACCUUCAAUAUAAAGAACGACUUCACUGAAGAAGAAGAAGCCCAGGUACGCAAAGAGAACCAGUGGUGUGAAGAGAAGUGAAAUGUUGUGCCUGACACUGUAACAUUGUAAGGAUUGUUCCAAAUACUAGUUGCACUGCUCUGUUUAUAAUUGUUAAUAUUAGGCAAACAGUAGACAAAUGCAGCAGCAAAUCAUUUGUUCUAGCAGAAUAUUGUCCUCACUGCAUGUGUAGUUUGAGUACAGAUUCCAAACCUGAGUUUCCUCUAGUAUGAUCGAAAGUUCCUGUUUUCUUUUCUCUGAACAACCGUGGGUUCUUGAUAGAAAGUGACAUUUUGGGCUUUCCCUCUUCUAAAGCCAUUUCUGCCUAGUUUAUUGUCAGUUAACUUGAGUGAACUUUUAAAAGUUAGCAUUGUAAAUAAAACAACUUUCAAGAAGUUUUCUGAAAAAGAAUGAAGAAAAUAUCUUUAUUCAUGAGUUGGAUACUGAAAAGAGGCUGUUUGCAGUCAGUGUUCUGAGUGGGGCUGUCAGGAUGUCUCCCAGUUGUGUGGUCUGUCGGUGCCCCUGAGGCUGACUCAGCUGUAUGGAGCUGGGCUCCCUCAGUUGCAUCUGAGGACCUGCUCUUACUUUAAUCCGCUCAGCUUUGAACAUGUUGUCUCAGUCACUACCUGGUUUAUGGGUUUUUUUUUGGGGGGGGGGGGAUAGGGGUGUAACUAGUUUGUUAGCUUUUCAAUUAAAAAAGACAUUUAAUUCAAGUGGUAUGUCAUCUUUUUAUAAUCUCUUCCCACGUGGGGAACACUCUUCACUCUACUUGCAUGUCAAAAAUAACAUUUAACGUUAAAAUAUGUGGCAGAAUCCAGAAAAUGUCAUUUAUGAAUGUGAGAUAACUUUCAAUAAAAGUAAGUUAUGAUAGACAGUA